CAAACAAUGAGAAGGAAGGCUGUUUAUUCGUUACUCUGAAUAUGCUAGUAGAAUGGAAUAAGUCUAGGUGCGCUGGGAUCUAUCCAGCCAGUAGAGGGACUGGAGUCAGCUCGAGCGAUGAACGCAGUGCUCAACCACACCCCUCGACUGACGUUUCUUCUUUGCUCCAUUUGCCAUCACAAGGGUUAUUCCCGAGACAUAGCUGGCAGCGAAGGAUACACACUGAAGUUAACGGCCAAUAUACACACCAAAGACAUGCAGGAAUUGUGCUUACGACAGGCAGCAGUAGCAGCAGUUGUACAAAGCAUCGUCUCACUGAGACGCCACACCAAGUCCGCCCAUCAUCCUCCGUCCUCACCGGAGACCGAUCCGACUGACGGCUCCGCUAGCCCCCAGCUACAGAAAACCGCCGCGGACGACGGAGAUGGCUGCAACCGUAUCGGACAAGCGAUCGUACGUUGCUUGGCUCGAUCCCGCAUCGCAGCGGAUAGGUGCAAUUUCACGGAACACGCGGGUCUUGUAUAAGAUUAAGCGACUUGGAGGGUGAGAUGAGUUUAGUUAGAGCUCAGGUCCAUCACAGAACACAUUGACAGCACCAAAACAUCUCUUGAUACAUCCAGGAUACGCAGCGAUCGAUAUUUGAGACCGACUUUUCACCAGGACCGCUAUAUACGAUACCCAUUUCCUUACUUAAUCAAAUACUUUAGCCUCAACUUCCACAAUGGCUCAAGUCGCUAUCAUUGGUGGCGGUCUCUCCGGACUCACCCUCGCCCUUUACCUUCACAAGAGUGGCAUCUCCUCCGCAGUCUACGAAGCCAGGCCCAAGGACUUCGUCUCAGGCGGCAACAUUGCCCUCUCACCCAACGCCCUCCGCGUCCUCGACCACAUUGGCGUCUACGACACCCUCCGCCCCCAAGGCUUCGCCUUCGAGUCCGUCGCCUUCCUCAACGGUCGUGGCGGCCUCUUGGCCAAGGUCCUCAACGGCAGCUAUGAAGAGUACAACUACCCGGCCCUACGCAUCCGCCGCACCGUCCUCCGCGGCGAGCUGAUCCGCCAGCUCGAGCUCCUCGGGGUGCCGAUCCACUACGGGAAGAAGUGCGCCGGCGUUCGCGAGGAGACAGAUACUUCGGCGACCGUGGAGUUCGAGGACGGUGAGACCGUGACGGCCGAGUUCAUCAUCGGCGCCGAUGGAAUCCACUCGCGCGUGCGGUCGUUUGUGCGCCCCAACGGCAGCAAGCCCGUAUUCCAGGGCCUUGCUGGUAUCUCUGGCACCUUCAAGCUCAGCGACUUGCCCGACGUCGACACGGAUAUGCACUACCCCUGUAUGCUUUUCGGCGGCAAUGGCUCCUUCGCCGUCAUGCCAGCGUCGGCGGACGGCGACGAGGUUAGCUACUUUGCGACCUUUGAGGUUGAGGAGCGGCCGCGUGAGGAGUGGGCGGCGCUGGACGCCGACAAGGAGACUUUGGCGAAGAUGAUUAAAGAGAGGUUCCCUAUUGAUUCGAGCUGGCCCGAGGUCGUGCGCGCCCUGUGCCACCGGACCCCGACUGAGUCGUUGACUCUCUGGCCUUUCUACUUGCUUUCUGCCAAGGAAUCCUGGUCUUCCCCGAGCCGCCGUGUUCUCCUCAUUGGAGACGCAACCCACGGCAUGCCCCCAACUGGCGGACAAGGUGGUGCGACUUCCUUUGAGGACGCGGAAACCCUCGCAUACACCCUCGCUCACAUCAAGGCGCCGCUCUUCAAAGACAACGCCCGCCCGCAGGUCAUCCAAGCCUGGGAGGACCACCGAAAGGACCGCGUGUCCAAGAUUGUGGACUUCACCACCCAGAACGGCGACCUGCGCAAGACGUCCACCUCCUUCAUUCACCAGUGGAUCAAGGAGAUGACCAUCUGGGCUUACAUCAAGAUGGUCGGUCCUCACAUGGGCUGCAAGUGGAUGUACUCGUACCACGGGGAGAGCGUUCGCGCUGUUCUCGGCCGCCUCGGAAUCGAUGAGUCAAAAGCGAAGGCCCAGUGAGGGGAACUGAAGGCAUGUAUCUGACGAGGCGAAGAGAUGGGGAGAGUUUCCACCUGUUAGAUUUUUAC